CAAAUUGACCCGAUUUGAAUAUCCAGCCCACUACUCUGCGAGGACGAAUAGAGGAGGAAAAUAAGAAAAACGAACGAGAAGACGAUCCAGGGAGCAUUUUCAAUGAUCAAAUACGCUCAAACAUACGUAUUUAUGUGUUUAUACGCACGUAUUUUGCAGUUAUAGAGGAUAGCAGAGUGUAAUUUUUUUUUUUCAUGGCUUCUCAAUUUCUAGGGCAAAUGUGUCCCGCUUUGAAUUGAGGUACCUAACCCUAGAAAUUGGAGAAAGUUUUCGGGGCGAUCCAUUGCUAGACCCAUCUGCAAUUCGGGUAUAACUAUUUGCAAUUCAGGUAUUUGACUAAGGAUUAUGUUAUGGAGGGCAACACCCUGUAGCUUUUAAGGAGGUAAUGCGUGGAUGUAGUAUUGGAUCUGAUCUUGUAGUCAAUGCCGGGGUUGAUUCCAUGGGAGGAUUUGUUGAAGGCGGAGUUGGUAUUGGUACCAAAAGUUCUCCGCGCACAGCAGCAAUUGAGAAGGUCCAUGCAAAGCUAAGGCAGGAGUGUGAUGGCCUACAGGAAAGGAGGAGGCAGUUAGAAUUUCUGGAGGAAGGUGGUGAUCCCCUGGAAUUCAAAUUUGGGGAUGCUGCUUCACUUAGUGUUCAAUCCACCUCACUGCCAGAUAAACAUCCGGAUCAGUUCGUGACCAGUGUAGUAAAAGGUAGUCGUGCAAUUACCGCUUCACCUCAUGGAGACUCAGCUGAAAGUAGCGGUCGACCUGGAGCUCCUCAACUUUGUGAACCCAACAGUGCUGACAAUCUCAUGCUGUUUGACGGGGAAAAUAAAUUUGUUGGUAGUGAUAGGGGCUGUAGACAUCCCAGUAGGAGCAAUGUUACUCCAUCAGGGCAGUCCUCUAAGUUCAAUGAAAGUCAAAAUGCAAAAGAAUUGAGUAAUGCUACUGCUUUUGAUAUCCCCAGAAAAGCAUACAAGCGAAGAUACAGGCCCCGACCGAAUCGCGACAGUGCUAGAUCAAGUUCAUCUGAUAUAGCUCGUGGUGGUCAUGGCACGUCUUUGCCUUCACAACAGUUUCCCAAAGAGUUAAAAGGACCGGUUUCUGAUUCAGAUAAGGACCAGAACUCUUCUUUGAACGUUGCACGGCCGCCUAGUCCAAAUGGUGGUAUGGCUCUCAAGACUACGCCUUCUGAUAAUCAGGUGGGCUUAGAAGUAGAUGGUGUUAAACCAGAGUCAAAUACUGGCUUUAAGAAAGACGAUAUGUUGCAUACUGUUCCUGAUGCUAGUACUUCCAGAGGUUUACCUGAUGGACAACAUGAUCAGAACUCACUCACUGGUGCCCAGGAAAUGUCUAUUCAAGAAGCUCCUGAAAGGCCUCAAUUGUCGCUGGGAAAGGAAAAGGUAGAUUUUGCUGGUCUUGAUUGUCAGCCACAUAGAACUGAAAGGGAGGUUGAUAAUCAAGCCAGUUCGGUCCAAAUGAAUGGGUUCUGUGGUGGAAAUGAUAAUAAGCCAAGCUUCCCAAAUGAAGCUGAAAAUAGUGGUGCUAUUUUGGGAACAAAGGGUUUAGAUUCGGAAUCUUCUUGCACCCAGACUAGCCUCAGUCUAGAUGGACAUAAUGAUAGUGAAAUGUGUACCAAUCUGAGUAUUUUGGAUUCCAACGGCGACUUAAACAGACAACUGGUAGUGCCAGAAGGGACGCCAGUUAUUGGAAGUGAUGUUAAUGUAAAGAACGAGAUGAAGGCUGAUGUCAAUAGUUGUUUAUAUAAUGAGGAUUUUAAUUCUGGUCAACGCGAUCACCAAAGUAAUGGUUGUUUACCUAAGUCACCAGAAGAACGUGUCAGUACUGUAUCUAAUUUGCAAAGUGAGGUAAAAGAUAAACAUAUCCUGGAAAGAAUGGAAGAAGUUGGCCCAUCUGAAUCGGAAACCGUAAGAAAAUGUAAUGUGCUUAAAAGGGACGAUUCCAACUCCCAAACUAUUUGUAAUGUCGGUAUUCAAGGUACGAUUGAUUCCUGUAUACCAAAGCAUUCCGAGUGUGUAUCACAGCCUAGAGUUUCAAAUCUUGCUCCCGAGGGACAAGCACCUAGGAUCCAGGUUGAUGAAGACUCGAUCUUGAAAGAGGCACAGGUUAUAGAGGCGAAGCGUAAAAGAAUUGCAGAAUUAUCUGCUGUAGCCUGUCAACCGGAGAAUUGUCGAAAAUCUCAAUGGGAUUAUGUACUUGAAGAAAUGGCUUGGUUGGCAAAUGAUUUUGCUCAGGAACGUCUUUGGAAGAUAACUGCUGCAGGUCAAAUAUGUCACCGAAUUGCUUUUAGCUCACGGUUGAGAUUCCAAGAACAAAAUCGUAGUUGGGAGAAAAAAAGAGUAGCUCACAACCUGGCCAAAGCUGUCAUGGAUUUCUGGCACUCUAUCGAGGGGAAAAGCAAAACUAUGGAGUUCGCAAGACCUAAAAAGGAUUACCCUAUUGCUAUUGGGAAGUAUGCUAUGAGAUUUCUGAAGUACAAUGACUCAGAUGUUCCAAAAAGUCAAGCUGAGGCGCCAUUGACUCCAGAUAGGAUAUCUGACGGGGGAAUUGUGGACACAUCAUGGGAAGACCAUUUGACAGAGGAGAACCUCUUCUACUCUGUGCCGCUUGGUGCGAUGGAUGCUUAUAGAAUAUCUAUCGAAUCUCAUGUGCAACUCUGUGAGAGGACAGGUAGUAGCAUGCAAGAGGAGGUGGAGACAUCUGCAUGUGAUGCAGUUGCAGAUUGUGCAUUUGAAGUGGAUGAAGGAGAAACAAGUGCAUAUGAUAGGUCAGGUGCGNACUAUAUUAGGGUGAUUAAAGACAUAGUUGGCCCUCAUCAAUCUAUGCUGCUGGGGAAACGACCAGCAAGCAAUGUUAAUGUGUCUAUUCCAACCAAGCGUGUGCGUACUGCUUCUAGGCAGAGAGUUCUUAGUCCCUUCGGUGCAUCAACAGCUGGAUGUGUUCAGUUUCCAACCAAAACAGAUGCUUCAAGUGGUGAUAGCGGUUCAUUUCAGGAUGAUCACAGUACAUUGCAUGGUGGAUCCCAUAUGAAUAGCUUGGAAGUUGAAUCCGUGGGUGACUAUGAAAAGCAUUUAUUGUUCGACUCUGCUGAAGUAUCAAAACCUAAAAAGAAGAAAAAAGCAAAGCAUCUGGGUUCUGCAUAUGGGCAGAGAUGGCAUGUUGAUUCUAAUUAUCAAACCAACCAGAGAGAUCCUUCCAGAAAGAGAUUGGAGAGCCAUCAACUUGAAUCAAACGGUAGCAGCGGUUUAUUUGGUCAACAUAAUGCAAAGAAGCCAAAGAUGCUGAGGCAAUCACUUGAAAAUUCUUUCGAGAAUAAUGCCCCUAUUGGUGGAUCUAUUCCAUCUCCAGUUGCCUCCCAGAUGAGUAACAUGUCCAACCCGAAUAAACUUAUUAGGAUGCUUAGUGGAAGGGACCGGAAUAGGAAAGCCAAAACUUUGAAGAUGCCUGCAGGACAACCAGGUUCAGGAAGUCCAUGGUCACUAUUUGAGGACCAGGCACUUGUUGUCCUGGUGCACGACAUGGGUCCAAAUUGGGAGCUUGUAAGUGAUGCCAUCAACAGUACCUUGCAAUUCAAGUGUAUAUAUCGCAAACCUAAUGAAUGCAAGGAACGUCAUAAAAUACUUAUGGACAGAACUAGUGGUGAUGCCGCUGAUAGUGCUGAAGAUUCAGGAUCUUCUCAACCAUAUCCUUCAACAUUACCUGGCAUUCCCAAGGGAAGUGCUAGACAGCUGUUUCAGCGUUUGCAGGGGCCAAUGGAAGAGGAUACACUCAAAUCUCAUUUUGAGAAGAUCAUCUUGAUUGGGAAGAAAUAUCUUUUACGGAGGAUUCAGGGUGGUAACCAUGAUUUGAAGCAACUCCAGCAACCACACGAUUCUCACAUGCUUGCUCUUUCCAAGCAUUGUUCAAAUAAUCUGAAUGGAGGACCUAUUCUUACGCCUCUGGAUCUGUGUGAUGCACCUUCGUCUAGUCCAGACUUUCUUUCUGCUGGAUUUGAAGGUCCACACUCAAGUGGGUUAUCUAUCUCGAGUCAGGGUGGAGGACCAUUGGUCCCUGCAUCUGGUGCAAAUUCUGGAGUGCAAGGAUCCCCCAAUAUGGUUCUUGGAAACAACUUUCCAUCAUCAUCAAGUCCGCUAAAUGCAUCUGUCAGAUAUGCUGUUCCGAGAUCUGCAUCUUUUCCAGUUGAUGAGCAUCAGAGAUUGCAGCAAUUUAAUCAAAUGUUAUCAGUGGGAAAUAUGCAGUCCAAUAUAUCUGCUCCUGGAGCUCUUGCAGGCAGUGAUAGUGGUGGUUCUCGUACACAUCCCAGCGGCAACAGCAUGGGGACAAUGUCUGGGUUAAAUAGAGGUAUCCCAAUGGCAAGGCCUGGGUUUCAGGGAGUUGCAUCAUCAUCUGUGCUGAAUUCUGGGAGCAUGCUUUCUUCUGGGAUGGUAGCAAUGCCAAACACUGUAAAUAUGCACUCUGGAGUGAGCUCUAAUCAAGGGAGUCCAAUGUUGAGACCUCGUGAUAUCUUGCACAUGAUACGGCCUUCACAGAAUCAGGAAGCUCAGAGGCAAAUGCCUGAGCUCCAGAAAGGAAACAGCCAAGGAGUCCCUCCUUUUGGUGGGUUAAGUUCCUCUUUCCCUAACCAGACUGCCCCCUCACCUGUUUUAUCACGCCCACUUCAUCAUCAGCAAGCACAUCCUAUAUCUUCACAGCAACCACUUGUGCAUAGCCCUCAUCAUCCUCAUCUUCAAGGGGCCAGUCAUGCCACGAACUCACAGCAUCAAGCUUAUGCAAUUCGCUUAGCUAGAGAGAGGCACCUGCAACAGCGGCUUUUACAGCAGCAGCAGCAGCAACUCUCACAUACGCAGCCCCAUCUUCCUAUAUCUUCAUUGCAGAAUAGUCCUCAAAUCACUUCACAAUCUUCUUCUUCACCAGUAUCACAUUCUCCUUUGGCAUCCCCCUCCUCAAUGUCUCCAUUGCCACAGCAUCAACUAAAACAUCCAUUUCCGGCUCAUGGGCUUGGACGAACUGCGCAAACUGGGGGUAGUAGUUUAACUACUCAGAUGGGCAAGCAAAGGCCACAUCAGACAGGACAGCAGCAGCUUCAAAAUGCUAGCAGGCACCAUCUUCCACAGCGCCAGCAGUCAGAGUCCCAAAAACAAGCUAAAGUUUCGAAGGGAAUCGGGAGAGGGAAAAUGAUGACACAUCAGAACAUGCAGAUUGAUGAUGGCCUUCCUACUGAGCAAGUCAAUCAAUCUGCAGAGAAAGGUGAGCAAACCACUAAGUUACUGCAAAGUCAGGGAGUGUAUUCAGGGCCAGGAUGCAGCCUGGUCCAGCCUGCAAAGCAAAUGGUGAGUCAGCCGCAGCAACCCCACUCUAAGAUUUAUUCUGGCCAAGUGCCUCCGUCCAAAAAGCAGCAAAUUCCCUCCAUCCAACCUCUUGCAUCAUCGAGUGUAUUAGGUCCUAAAUCACCCCACCAAUCUGUUCCAUCCUCGGUUGUAGGUUCUUCCAACCACAGAAUGUUGAUGCAUCCACAGCCGCAGGUGCAACUGCAGCCAAAGUUGGUGACUCAAAGUCAAGCAGCUCUGCAAGGAGGGCUGCAACGGAACCGGUCACUGAAUUCUGAUCCACCAAAGUUGCAAGCUAGUGAACCUCAAAGUGAACAGCAUAAUAUGUGUGACACUUCACAGAUAGGUAAAACACCCCCGCAGGACUGCAACAGUUUAACUAAUGCCGCAGAGGUUUCUGUCCCAGGGGUUGCUCAAAUGAAGGCUGCAGUCCCAUCAUUCGAUUCAAUUGGGACCCCACCAACAAAUUCUGCUGGAAGCGAGACAGUACCAGAAGUCAUCCAAGGGAUAAGCCAAAGGCAAUCUUCUGGAAACUUUUCUCCUAUUGCGCCUGAUGCUAGUGUUCAAUGGAAGCAAGAGUCUUCCGAGUUACAACCUCCCUCACCAGUGACCCAGCCCCAGUCAAACCAGCAACAACUCCAUCAGCCACCACCAUUGCAACAUUCAGAUCAGGCUCAAGCUUUACAAGCAGGGAAUAGAAGUUUGUUUGCUAAACACAGCGAAUCUAGACCGGAUUGAGGCACACUCAAAAUAUCAAGGAUUGCUCUUUUCGCGGCUUGUCAAUUCCUUCGGCAUGCCUUUGAAACAGGAGUUUACAGACGAAGCUCGUUGUGCCUGAGGGCAUCACAUCAGGACAUGAUGGUGAAAUUCAAGGUUUUGCUGUCGUAGAGAGGAUCAUCCGCUUAAAUUUUGUGUUUUGUAUAGUAUUUGUUGCCCUAGAGGCCUCAGGAAGGGUAGGGACCGAUGUAGAGGUAGGUGUACAGGCUCUCUCUCUCUUCUUUUUCCCCCCUUCCCCCCCUUCAAUUACCUCUCAUUUUUCUUCAAGCCUCUUGUUCCACCUGCUCACUAGGGGGGGUCCUAUUUGAUUUUGUCCCCAUAGGUCAUCCCCUGUAUUAUAGCCCUUUUUGUAUUCAAGGGGAUAGCUAUCAUUUUUAUGGCCAAAGGCUGUGGAAAAUCUUGUAAAUAUUAGGCAUGUGUAUACUUCAUAUUUGUCAUAACAGUCAUCAGUCAUGACUGCUCACCCUCCUGGGAGCUUGUGCAAUUCUUGUAAUUUUCCUAUUA